AUGGCCCGAAUAACCACUUGGCUGACCGCCGCCCUGGUCGUGACAGGUGCUCAGGCUUUCCCCACGCCAGAGAACAUCGCCAAGCUGGCCCAGAGUGCUGGAGCCGGGUUUGAGGGUAUAGGCUCGCUCUCGGACUUCCAUGCCACCUUAGUCCGUCUCCGCGAGGACCAGGCGAUACUUUCCAGGAAGCGUAGCUUCAGCCCAGCUCCGAUCGACGUCUCAGAGGACCAUGCUUUCGUACCGCCAUCAGAAAGCGACCAGCGCGGGCCCUGUCCUGGUCUCAAUGCUCUGGCCAACCACAACUACGUCAGCCACGACGGCGCUAUCUCCGUCAUCGAGCAGAUCACGGCGGCCACGGAGGUGUUCAACUUUGGCGUCGACCUCGCCACCGUGCUCGCCCUGGUCAGCGUGCUCUUCGUCGGCAACCCGCUGUCCGUCAAGCCCAGCUACUCCAUCGGCGGCCCUACCGACAAGGUUGAGAACCUGCUGGACAACCUGGGCGGUCUACUAGGCACGCCAGAGGGCCUCGACCACAGCCACAACAUCAUCGAGUCAGACGCCUCGCCGACGCGUGAUGACCUGUACCAGACCGGCGACGCCUGGACGCUUAGCAUGAAUGCCUUCACUGAGCUGUACGAGUCCAUCGAGGGCGAUGCACUCACGCGCGAUGAGAUGGCCGACCACGCCACCCGUCGCUUCAACCACUCUAUCGCGAACAAUCCUUACUUCUGGAACGGCCCCGUCACAAACGUUAUGAUGCGUCCAGUCGGAUACGUACUCGCCAACGAUGUCCUGUCCAACCACACAGACGACAACCCGGACGAGACGCUUUCCAAGGACGUGCUCAGGUCCUUUUACGGCGUUACAGAAAACCCCAACGGGACCCUAUCAUACGCUCCAGGCCACGAGCGUAUCCCCGAGAACUGGUUCCCCCGCCAGAAGCCAUACACCAUUCUGGACUUCAACGCCGCCGAGGCGGCCCUGCUCCUCAAGAAGCCCGAGCUGCUCAGCGUGGGCGGCAACACGGGCGAGGUCAACUCAUUUGCUGGUAUCGACCUCGAGGACCUGACCGGCGGGGUGAACAACCUGGUCUGCUUCGCGCUAGAGGUCAUCAAGUUCGCCGGGCCCAACUCCCUGUCGUCGGCACUCAAGACCCUCUCGGAGCCCAUCGAAAUUUUGGGCAAAAUUGUGGCGCCCCUAGUAGACCUGUCAUGCCCUGUUUUUGAUGACCUGACUGUUGGCGGAACGAACUUCUGGGAUCAUGCGAUGGAAACGUACCGGGGCGCCAACAAGAGCGAAUCAGCUCUGUGA